AUGACCGACAUCAAUCGCGGCACGGCGGGCCCGUAUCUGCACCAGCACAAUGGCCAAAUCGAGCCGCAAUCAGUGCAAUCCCCGUCGGGAGCUUCGGUGAGCUUCGGUGGCGGCUCGUUGAAACGCAACAAUAGCCAUCAUCAGCGAACGAAAAAGGCCUCGAACGGUGGUCCUGGCUCGACUCUCGAGCGGGGAACCAGCGGAAGCAGCGCCGAGUAUGGGACACCGGCCGGCAGAUCCGGCGUCGGUUCCGGGCUGGCGAAGAGCUGGUCCAAACAGUCGAGCAGCUCGCAAUCGACGCAGGGGGCCGGACCCGUGGCCGGUGCAACAACCAAAUUAAUACCCACCGUUCCCAAAACGGAAGCCACGCUCGCCGACGACUUUAAGCGCUUCCACACGCACCGCAACAGCUACGGUGGGAAAUCCAAUUUAAAUGUAAAUAACACCGAUCAAACGAUAAAGUCGCAGGUCCUGCUACACCAGCAGAAGCUGCGGGAGUACAGCAAGCAGCAGCAGCAGCAGCACCGCGACAAUGAUAGCUACUCGACCUGCUCGUCCUCGCAGUCCGACUAUCAACACCCGCAGCACCAGCACGGCCACCAUCGGCUGCAUCACCACUCACAUCCACAUCCCCACCAUCAGCACCAGCACCAUGGCCAGCCGAAGCAGCAACCGACCCCGCAUCAACCGCUGGCCGGUCCGAUGUACCCGGUAUCGGCCACGGUGGCAGCCACGGCCACCCUGACACGUGCCGGUGGCUCGAUAUUGAAAAAUGCCACCAACACCGGUAAUGAUCCGGCGGUCCGGAACACGCUCAAACGGGGCCCGGGAGGAUUAAGCACGCUGUCCCUGUGCAGCUGCGAUGCGGACACCGAGAUAAUACCAAAUCCAUUAAGGCCAUUAUAUCAGUACAGCCUGGACAGGAAAAAUCCUCGCCAGCACACGUACACGUGCGAGCAGAACGCCCAGAUACUGCUGCGCCUGGAGAAGGACCGCCAGAAGAAGUUCGGCUCGAUGGGCAAACUGCAUCUUGCCACGUCGACCGGUGACCUCAGCAACGGAGGCGGCCCAGCAACGGUGGUGGUGGCCCCGCGGCACUCGAGCAUAACCGGAGCCUCGGUGCCGACCUCGUCCGUGUCGACGCCAACGCCUACGCCCCCGCCGCCCCUCCACCAGGGACCACCAUCGGGUGCCAAAGGAGGGCCGAAUCCCUGCAAAGCCAUCAAUGUGCUCUCUUUCGACUGCCAGCGUGGAUCGUAUCCGAGAGGCGAUAAUUAUGCGGAGGACGAUUCGUACAGCGAGGACAUGAUACCGCCACCGCCACCACCACUGAACCGGCGCCCAUCGUACGGGUACGGUUGCAUAGUGCAACCUGUUGCCGGGCCGGAUCCUGUACCGGGCGAACUGCCGGUGAACGAUUUGACAGCGCCGUUGGCCGCCAACGGCAACGGUGCCGGCACCGGCUACCACCCGAUGCACCAACCGGACUUGUUUAACUUCGCUUCGGCGAACGGGUCGGCCAGUGACACGCUGAAGUCAACACUCAAAUCCACCAAACCGUCGACAAACAGUAAAACGACUUCCGGCGUCCCGGCGAAAGGCAAGGCGAAGCUCAACGAGCCCCUCCCGGUGAUGAUGGUGGAUUUGAUGAACGGAAACGCGGCGGUCACCGGCGGCGGGUGCAAUGGAACCGGAAGCGGGGACGGCGGUGUGAAACCCUAUCCUCCGUACUACUUCGACGAUAACUAUCUGCAGCACCACUACUACUACCAGAGUGCGGCCGGGGACGACCGGUUCGCCGAGUCGGUCGAUCUGCCGGCCAAAGAGCCGAUGGCCGAUGGCCAACUCUUCCUCUACCAUCAGCACCAUAACCCGCACCUACACCACCAUCACCCGGACCCGCUGGGCGGCUACAUACCGAACUACGAUGCGCUCAACCUGCCUGCCAAGUACAACACGAUCGGCGCCAACGGCCACUUGCCGGGUGAUCUGCCACUGCCGGGGCACCUGGCCAGCCUCGGCGGUAAGUAUCACCAGGAGGGCGCCACCGUGGUCGCCGGUGGCGUUGGGGGACUUGGAAUGGGCGGUGAUCAUCAUGCCAGUUCCUGCAACAUAAACCAGUACGGCGCCGGUGGGGCUUCGGCCAAGAGCAAUCUCGUCGCCUCGCACAACCAUCACUUCUCCAACUCGAUCAGCAACUUCAACUUCAACCCCUCGCAGUACUUCGGAUCGGCGCUGGACCCAGCGCCCGGCACCACCAUCAUUCCGGGCGGUCUCGGCGGCGUCAUGGGACCCGUCGAUGGCUUCCCGUCGUCCUGCAGCCUCAACGGGACGCCCAACAAACAGCAGCAACAACACCCGUGGAAGCACCGCCAGUGCCCGAGCCGAGGCUCCAGCAGCACCGGAUCGGGAUCAUCGAAGUGGGACCUUCCGUCGAGACAGUGGCUGGCGGUGACCUCGAUCCUGCUGAUAGCUGGUGCGGCCGGCGUUGCCGUGCCGCUGGCGCUGAAGGUUUCCACCGGGGCGCCGCUCGAGGAGCGGCUGCAGGUGGCCACGCAGCUGCUCGACACAGUGCCUUUAAUCGAUGGCCACAACGAUCUGCCGUGGAACAUACGGAAGUUCCUCCACAAUCAGCUGAACGAGUUUCGGUUUGACGAUGAUCUCAAGUCGAUUCUGCCCUGGUCGAAGAGUGCCUGGAGUCACACGGACCUGCAGCGCCUCAAACGGGGCCGCAUAGCGGCACAGUUUUGGGCGGCCUACGUUCCGUGCGAGGCGCAGCAUAAGGAUGCGGUUCAGAUCACGCUCGAGCAGAUAGACGUAAUUAAAAGACUGACAGAACGCUACUCGCCGCAUCUGACGUCGUGUGCCUCGGUGUUUGAUAUUGUACAAGCACACAAAAACCGUCAAAUGUGUUCAUUAAUCGGUGUCGAGGGUGGCCACUCGCUCGGCGGCUCGCUCGGUGUCCUGCGGAUCUACUACGCGCUGGGCGUACGCUACAUGACGCUCACGUCCACCUGUCACACGCCCUGGGCCGACUCGAGCAACGCGGAUGCCCCGAAAUAUGAUGUCCGGCAUGGGGGCCUAACGGCCUACGGCAAGACUAUCGUUCGCGAAAUGAACCGGCUCGGUAUGAUAGUGGACCUGUCCAAGUCGUCCCUCAGCACGAUGAAGGAUGUUCUGGCGACCUCCCAGGCACCGGUCAUCUUUUCCCACUCGUCGGCCUACGCAUUGUGCAACUCAAGCCGCAACGUGCAGGAUGAAGUGCUCGGGCUGGUGACGAAAAAUCGCGGCCUGGUAAUGGUGAACUUUUACAACAAGUUUCUGCGGUGCAGCGAAAACGCAUCCGUGCAGGACGCCGUAGCCCACAUAAAUCAUAUAAGGAGAGUUGCUGGAAUCGAUCACGUUGGACUCGGUGCCGGUUACGAUGGAAUUAAUUUCACGCCGCACGAUCUGGAGGACGUCUCAAGCUAUCCGCGGCUUUUCGCCGAACUCCUCGGUGACGGCUGGACGGUCGAUGAGCUGGAAAAGCUGGCCGGCCGCAAUCUGCUGCGGGUGUUCGAGGACGUCGAGAAGGUGCGGGAAAAUCAACGCCUGUCGGGCGUGCGGCCGUACGAGGACAUUCCGCCGGUGUUGCGACCCGAGGACCACACGAACUGUUCGACGAAUAGUUAA